AUGCCCCGGAGUACAACCCCAGAUACCGAGCAUGGCUCUCCUGAGAAAGAGGCAGCCAUGCACCUGGAACGUCGACCGGCAAAUGGCUUGUCAUUUGAAGACGAGGAGUUUCUAGCGAACUUCUCGGAUGACGAGAGGAAGGCAGUUCUCAAAAAGGUGUCUCCGCUAAUUCUUCAGUGGCGGCUUGUGCCCAUGCUGGUGCUCUUGUAUCUCGUGGCGUAUAUUGACAAGACGAAUAUCGGGAAUGCCAAAAUCGAAGGGCUGCUUCCGAGUCUAGGAAUGACCGGCGAACAGUACAACAUCGCAUUGGCUAUCUUCUUCAUUCCAUACGUCCUAGCAGAGGUCCCAAGCAAUAUGAUCCUCAACCACUUCGGCAAGCCCUCUGUCUACCUGGGAACACUGAUAUUCACCUGGGGCAUCAUCAUGAUGUGCACAGGCUUCGUCCAGAGCUUCGGCAGCCUCGUUGCUAUCCGUUUCCUGCUGGGCUUAUUCGAAGCCGGCUUCCUCCCCGGCGCAGUCCUGAUAAUCUCGAAAUGGUACCUCCCCAACGAAACACAAACCCGCAUCGCAAUCUUAUACACCUCAGCCGCAUCUGGUGGUGCAUUCUCCGGUCUUCUCGCCUUUGGGAUCGCCAAAAUGAACGGUCUUGCUGGCUACGAGGGGUGGAGAUGGAUAUUCAUCGUCGAGGGCCUCGCCACCAUCGUCCUCGCAAUAAUGUGUUUCUUCCUCCUCCUCGACUCGCCCUCAAGAUCCACAAGCUGGCUGACCCCCCGCGAAAUCCAAUUCCUGGAACUGCGCCAAAUCGCCAACAGCAUCAACGUCCAUUCCCAGUCUGCAGAUACACCCGAGAACGAGACCCAGUCAAAGCAUAAAGCCAACUACCCAGCAAUUAUAUCCGUCCUAACCGACUGGAAAGUCUACCUCCUCAUCCUGGGGAGCUGGUCCAACGCCGUGCCCAACUACGCCAUGAAAUUCACCAUGCCCCAGAUCAUCACGGGGAUGGGGUUUGAGGCCGCGAAUGCGCAGCUACUGACCAUCCCGCCCUACGCACUCGGUGCAUUCUCGGCAUAUAUCUUCUCCGUCUUUGCGGAUCGGUAUACCUGGCGGAUGCCGUUUAUCGUUGUCCCGCAGGUACUACAGGUUGUGGCGUUUGCGGUCUUGUUUACGAAUGCUGCGGAGAUUGAGGAGAAUGUUGCGGCUUGUUAUUUUGGGGUUUGUUUGGCUUGUUUUGGAAUGUACCCCAUUCUCCCUGGCGUCAACUCGUGGAAUGUCUCCAACACGCCGGACCCAACGAGGCGGGCGAUUAGUAUCGGGUAUCUGAUUUGUAUGGGCAACGUGGGCGGGCUUAUUGGGAGCUUUAUAUACCAGGAAGACGAGGCGCCGCGGUAUGUCACCGGGUACGGCAAUUCGUUUGCCUUUGCGUCGGCGGGGAUUGUAGCCUGUCUGGUGCUUGAAUUUAUUCUCUUUAGGGUGAACCGGCAGAGGGAGACCAUGACUGAGGUCGAAGUCAGGGAGAGAUACAGCGAGCAGGAGCUGAGGCAGAUGGGGGAGAGGAGUCCGUUGUUCCGGUACACGUUGUGAUUGCCAGCAGUGGCUCAGAUACAUAUCGAUUUAGGAAUGAAUAUGAAUGCACUUGAGGCUUUGUUGUCCCCGUCUACUUGAGGUAUUACCUACAGCUCCAUACGGCCCUGCGGAAACUCCCCGACAUGUUUUACCCUAACCCAGGCACCCAGAAUUCUCGACUUCAACCGGAGCGAAGAGAACCCCCUCCAUGGCUUGAAUUAAGACCCCACUGUGCCGAGACGCAUUUCGCCCCCAUGCGUUAAAUGAGGCUAUGAAGCGCAUUAGACGGCGGGGCCAACAGCAGCAACCGCUGUUAACAGGACCAGCCCCAGCCCGCGGGAUAAUAACGCACGGAGUAAUGUACAAGCGGUGCAGGCGCGGAAUUGAUGUUCCCGGCGCACGCCGUCGAUAUUUCGAUUCGAUUUCCCGUUGUGCUGUGGCUAAUUGCUAGGCGCCCUGCGCCGCCCGCAAUGGCUGAGAUGCACAUCCUAUUGGACGC